UCUUUCCGGUGUGCAGGUGCUUGGCUUUUAUUCUUACACUCAGCAUUAGCGUAACACGCCAGGUUACAAAAUUAAUCAACAUUCUGUACGUUUAUCGACAUAUUGAAACCACUAGCAGAGUGGUAAGGUAUAAACUAGAAGGAAUAAAUAUGAACUGGAAAAAUGUGAAACGGAUUUAAAUCAAGGGUGAUUUCUUAAAGCGAUUUUGAGGACUUUAUAAUGGAUUAACCUUCUUAAUAUUUUAAAAUUAAAUUAUGUAAUUUUUAAAAGCAACUUGACAAUGUUGCGAAAGUUAGUUGAGGGACAGGGUGGAAAUUCCCAAAAGAAAUUUGUAAACAUUACAAUGGAUGAAAAUUCAAACGUUUCUGAUAAUGAAAUGUCUUCAAAAGAAGAUGAAAACGAUGAAGAUGAAGAACACGACGAUGAUGAUUGUGUUAUAAUAGAUGUUGGAGGAACAAAACACAAAACGAGAUUGAAAACGCUGUCAAAAAUACACACGACUCGCCUCGCUCGACUUGCAGAAAAAGCCCGAGCUUCAGGAAAGAGAGAAUUUUAUUUUGACAGACAUCCAGAUUUAUUUCCUUAUAUUUUGAAUUUUCAUCGUACAGGUAAACUCCAUGUACCUUUGCAUGUUUGUGGACCGUUGUGGAAAAGUGAACUAGAUUUCUGGAAGAUAGAUGACAAAGAUAUACAGAAAUGCUGCUGGGUACACUAUAUCAGCUAUGAAGAAACUUUAGAAAUGAUAGAACAUUUUGAAAAAGACGAUCGUCAUACUAGACUUGCUUCCCAAAAGGUGCCAGACAACGCCAAAUUUUGGCAACGUUAUAGACCAAAAUUGUGGCGAGGAUUACAAGAUCCUUACAGCUCCAGAGCUUCCAUGGUCUACGCCGUUAUUUCGUUGCUUGUCGUCCUUGUAUCCAUCACCGUGUUUGUUCUGGAGACAUUGCCAUUCUUUGGAGCCAUAACGGUGCAUGCCAAGAACAGCAAUGUUACAAGUGAUGAUCUACGAAAGGAAUUCGACAUAUUCGAUGACGUUAGCCCAUAUGACGUUCUGUUAAUCAUUGAUAAUUUGUGCAACUUAUUCUUCUUUACAGAAUUCCUAAUCAAACUUAUAGCAGCGCCUUCAAAAUGGCGUUACUUCCGGUCGCCAAUGUCUAUUGUAGAACUGACAUGUUUAAUACCAUACUAUAUAGCGAUAAUUAUUGUGUUUGCUCAUCCAGAUCCAAUAAAAGUCUUCGAACUCAUACGGGUACUUGUAGCAUUACGAGUUCUGAGAAUCUUCCGCAUAUUUAUUAUAAUGAAGCAUUUUCUAGCACUUAAAAUACUUAUGUAUACCAUUGCAGCUAGCACGAAAGAGCUAUUUUUGCUACUUUUAGUAGUUAUUAUAGGAGUGCUUGUGUUUGCCAGCAUGGAAUAUUAUAUGGAAAUAUUUUCAGAUGGUGCUUCUGAUUUCGACCAUAUUCCUCUUGCUUUCUGGUGGGCCCUCAUUACCAUGACAACAAUAGGAUACGGUGAUAUUGUACCUAAAACAGCCCUAGGGUACAUAGUGGGUUCAAUGUGUGCAAUCAGUGGAGUGCUUACGAUUGCCUUGUCGGUACCUGCCAUAGUUAACAAUUUUACUCUUUACUAUACUCAUGCGCAAUCAAGACAGAAACUACGAGAACGGAAGCGGAAGUUUAACAAGGAUAAAUGGAAGAAAUUCAUUGACAAAUCAAAAGGUGGUUCACUUUUUAAGGCAAUAAAGGUGAUGUUGCCGAAGAAGGAUGGAACUAGUUCUGUAGGACAGGGAACAAGUUCAAAUAUUAUACCAAAGAUUGAGAGAAGACUUAAUGGAAAUAAAAUGGAUGACAAUGAUCAUCCUAUGCCAAUUCCUAAAUCAGCAACUAAACAUCCUAAAAUAUUUACAGUGUCGUCAAAAAACAGUGAUAAAGAGAGCACAACUUUUCAUAAUGGAACUGUUCAUCAAAACGGGCAUGUGCAAAAACAAAAUGUAUUGCCAAUGAAAGAAAUCAGGGAGGAUUCUAUUAUAAUUGAAAACGGCAGUACAACAUUAGUCGAAAUUGUUUGAAUUUCAUUGGGCAUUAAUUCGUAAUUCUAUUUUAUGAUUUGUUACGCCUAGUUGGUGGUUAUUACAAAUACUGUACUUCAAACAUUUACUUCUUCUUACAGGAAGCAGUCGGCAUAAGAGUGCUUGACCUUGUAUUAAACACUCGAUUUUAGACAAAUACAAUUUAUCACUAAGAGUGCAAACAGUUUUGUGAUAAGAUGGAAAAGGGUUUAAUGUUAAGGGGGGGGGGGAAGCUCUCUUAAACUACUGAGAUUUUCGAUAUUUCGAGAAAAACCAAGAUGGGAGCUUGUUUAUCAUGCACAUAGAAGGUUGUUCCAAUUGUCGUAAAUCCUAUUUAUCUCUGGGUUAUAAUCAAAAGUCGAGGUUACCCUUUUUCGUUUCUUAGCAAAAUGGUAUUAAGGAAGUUCGCUACUCACAAUUAUAUUGAUUCCUUGAUAUAAGGAAGUUUGCUACUCACCAUUGCAUUGGUUCCUUGGUAUAAGAAAGUUCGUUACUCACAAUUUCAUCGGUACCUUGAUAUAAGGAAGUUCGCUAUUCACAAUCUCAUUGGUUCCUUGGUAUAAGGAAGUUUGCUACUCACAAUAUCAUUGGAUUCUUGAUAUAAGAAAGUUCGCUACUCAUAUUUUCAUUGGUUCCUUGAUAAAGGAAGUACGCUACUCACAAUUUCAUGUGUCUUUGAUAUAAGGAAGUAGGCUACUCACAAUUUCAUUGGUUCCUUGAUAUAAGAAAGUUCGCUGCUCACAAUUUCAUUGGUACCUUGAUAUUUCGUAGCUCCUUUGUGUUUUUCCUUUAUAUCUUGUAACUCUUCUGCGUUUUCCUUGAUAUUUUAUUGAUGGCGAACGAAUACUUACUAGUAUCUAGUAAUAUAUAGAACUGCUGUGUAAAAUGGGGGAUCUAACAUAAUGUUUGACUUCCCCAGGUAACAGUCUUGUUAUUGAUAGCUACAUUAGCUUACAUGCAAAACUCUUGCUGGAUAAAAUGGUUUUAAAGAAAAUGCAACAUACAUUUUUUUUCACUUAUAUAUGAUGCAUCUAUUAGUGAUGUGAUCAUGCGAUUUCAUGCAAAUCAAAGUGCCACAUGCCAAGAAAGUUUAAUAAGUUAUUAAACUUCAAAUUCAAAACUUCUUUAUUUUCCAAACUACUUUGUAUCUUUCGUCAGGCCGAAGUACUUUCAGUAUUUGAAUGAUAUUCUACCAACUUCCUGGUUUGAUGUCUGAAAAAAAGUAAUAUCAUUUAUGUUUAGGAUUAGAAAAAAAUCCAUCAAAUCAGCAUGAAUUAUAGUUUAAACCAAUAACAUGAAGUGAAAAAAAAUACUUGUCUUUCACUACAUGUUUUAGUUAGAACAAGUAACUUGGCCUGUAGAUACAACUCUAGCACCAUAUGUUUGUACUUACUAAAAUACCUGGCGUUGUAGUACGACUCUAUCAUCGUUUUCUCCUAAGAUACCUUCUUCACAGAUCUUAAGGUGACACAUUGACUAAAAUUAAUUUGGCUCGUUUGAUUUUCAUAAAAUUUUGACAAAAUAUUUUCUUAAACCCUUUGACAAAAAUAUAAAAAUUUCAAAAAAACUUGAACCACACACUUUAUCGGAAAAAUUUCAUUGGAUAUAAAGCAGUUUGACAAACACUAAUAUUGAUCAUUGAGAAGCUUAAUAUUUCCUUAACAAUAGAACGUGAUUAAAACGUUCAUCUGAUUUUUACAGAGUUAUCUCCCUGUAGUGUUAUUUUAUUAUUAUUUCUUUCAAUACAUAAUUUCUCAGUUAUUUAAAGUAUGAACAGCAGUAGUUUAUUACUUUAGUGUUCAAUGCAAUUGGAAAUAUAUGUUUAAGUUUGUGUAAUUUUGUACUCAGUCUGACUAUUAACAGCUGGUGGAGAAGAUUUAUAAUCAGCAUACAUUUAGAGCUUAAACACGCAUUUGUUUAAAACUUAAAAAAUCGGAUUUAUCUUUAAUGAUCUUUUUAAGAAAAAAAAAGUUUAACCUAGAUUUCAUGUCAAGUUAAGCAUAUUAACGCGAAGUUCGCAUUAACAUAUAGUGAGUUGUUUUGUGUUAAAAAGUUUCACAUUUAAACUCAAUUUCCCUCAAGUAAGGCCACGUUCACACUGCCCAUGUGAAACAUAUUUUGUGUACACAAGUCGUAUUACAUCUUUGAAAUAAAAACUAAUCAAUUGUUUGACAUGCAUUAAAUUCUAUAUUCAAAAAUUAGUUAAUAGCUGCAAGCGUUAUUAAAAUUAACGCUGUAUUUAUCUAUAAUUAAUUUUAAAAAUUUCAAUGAAACUUGUUUCAAACUUGUUUAAGCCUCAGUGUGAACACGGCCUAACAUUCAAUUGAGAAAAGCAUAGCUGUAUAUUUAUCCAUGUAUAGAAAGAAGCCUGUCUCCUUUUGUUUUUAAUUUUCGUUAGUGAAACAAAGGAUAAAUAAUUACAAUACAUACAUCUUUGUACAUUAUUGUUAACAUAGCUCCUGUAUAUAGCAUAUACCAUAGGGCUCUGAUAAUCAUUUACUAUAUUAAUUAUGGUAAACAUUAUCACUUUUAUACAACUCAUACAUUUUAACUCAUUUCAUGUAACCUUUUGUUAUGAUACAUAUGCCAUAUGUAUUUAUUAAGUUUUGUUUAAAUUUGUAAUGAGAAAGCUUUAAAUGAUUCAGUUAUGUUUGAAAAUAAAU